CCCUGGGGUGGGAUGGGUGGGUAACAGGACCCCCGUUGAUACCAGUGUUUACUACACUGAAGGGGCUAUCUUGUAUAAAUAAAAGAUGUCUGCUCUACAUUGACUGUUCCGUUGCUUUCCAGCUGCACGUAUCGUAAAUGCGGUGAUAGGUGCCUCCAUCUCUGGGGUUGUGAUGUUAGCCUUUAUGUUCUUCAUAAUCAUCAGGAAGCUUCGUUAUGAAGCGGAUUUGGCUGAAAAAAUGACGUGGAAAAUCCGCUUUGAAGACCUCAAAAUGAAAGGAAAAGUUAAACAGGAGCCUAAACCUCAGGGCAUGCUACCCUUCUGGUUCAAUAAUAUCAUCAUGCCCCACCAGAGUGCAGCCCCAUCUGGUGCCAAUUCAACACAAGUGAGCCGAAAUAGUGAGAAUCCUUCCGCAAUAUCAGAUCUAGAAGGUAAAGCAGAGUACGCAGGCACGACCACUGGAGAGUGCAUGUUAGCGUUAAUGCUGCCUUAUUUAAGGUUAUUGUAGGUGCUUGUAUUUUAUUUGUCGCGAAAAAGGCUCUUCUUUACAUUUUUUUACUUCCGUUUUUUUUUAGGCCCGUUUUUUGGCCCACGUCCACUUACCGAGAGCCUAUUAAAGACUAGUCUAAGAAUCACUCUGAACUAAGUACAUUUUAUUUCAGACGCAAACAGUAGUUAUUAAC